AUGGAGUUUUUGGUCCUUGAUACAAGAAAGUCCAAUAGUGGUUCAAAUGCUUCUGAGCCUUCAUUUCGGCUUUAUUCUUGCCAGGGUCAUCUCAUGUAUUCUCGCCCUCAAAGUUUUGAUGGUGUACCACCAUUGGUGUCGCGCCGUGUUCUAGAAACCCUAACAUACCUAGCCAAGAAUCAUAAAUUUGUUGCCAAACUGUUGCUUCAGUUUAGAAUCCUUCCAGAAGCUUCCAGGGGGUCACAAACUCUUGAUAAGGCUCGUGGUAAAGCUGUCAUGAUUGUUCAAGAUGAUGAAACAGAAGGUUUAUUGUCCAUCACAUUGUUGUUGAGCCUCUUAAAACAGCCACUUUAUUUGAGAAGUAUUGCACAUCUUGAGCAGCUGUUAAACUUAUUAGAUGUCAUCAUUGAUAAUGUUGAAAGCAAGAAAGAGUCUGAUCCUAAAUCAUCAAAGGAUGAUGAUGAUGAAACCUCUAAACCCUCAUCAUCUGGUGCUAAUAAAGAAAAAGAAUUUCAUGAUAUUCUGCUAAACUUACCACAAGCAGAACUUCACCUUCUCUGCUCGUUGCUUGCACGUGAAAGUUUAUCGGACAAUGUUUAUACUGUUGUGGCUGAUAUAUUGAAGAAGUUGGUUGCUAUUGCUCCUCACCUUUCUCAUUUGUUCAUAACCGAGCUAGCUGGGUCCAUGAAGAACCUGACUUCAUUAGCAAUCAAUGAGUUACAUCUGUUUAGUGAAAUUGAAAAAGCAGUGAUCAAUAAUGCCUCCUUUACUUCAGAUGGAACAGCAAUCUUAAGGGUUAUACAAGCAUUAAGCUCCCUUGUUUCUUCACUUAAUCAAGAAAAAGAACACACAGCUGUAGAAAAAGAGCAGGCUUCUACCCUUUCACUAGUAAGCGACAUAAACACCGCUUUAGAGCCACUAUGGAUGGAAUUGAGUGCUUGUAUAAGCAAAAUCGAGACUUAUACCGAUACUACCCCUGAUGAAUCAAUACCCUUAACCUCAAAACCUUCCGGAACAUUACCUCCGGGACUCAAAACAUCUUGCCAUACAUCGAAUCUUUCUUUGUGA